AUGUUGCAAAUUGCAUCUACAGAGAUUACAUAUCUGAUAAAGGGUUUUUCCACUUUUCAGUCUGAAUUGGGUGAAUGGAGUUUUAAAAGCAACAACAAUGGCAACUGUUACGAGGGACAUAUGUUUCCAUUACUAGUCAAAGAGCAGCUAGAAUUUUGGCCGGAGAAAGAAGUACGCCAAAGAAUAUGGGUGAGUGUAAGAGAAGCUAGGAAAGUUUGCCAUUAUUGGUGGAUGAAGGAAGCCUUGGAAUUAUUAGUGAGUCGCCUCACAUCACGAGGACAAGGUGUUGUUGACGCUAAAAUGGAAAGCUGUUCGAGCCAGGAAGGAAGUAUGACUCGUAGAAGCAAAAUUUUGAAGGUAUUCUGAAGAGUGAGAUUGACUUCUGUAACUCUUGUUUCGUUUUCUUGUAAUUGCAAGUCUUGUACAGAUUAAGUUGGUUGAAAAACCACUCAAGUUGUUUGCGAAGGAAUCGAGGUUUUGAUCAUGUAGAACAGUUUUUCGUCAAUGCAAAUCCAUGCAUGAUGCAUCCGUUUGAGAACA